UACGAUAUCGAUAUUUUAUCUGUUCAAUUUAUAGCUUCUAGAAAGACGACGACCCCGCCUCUACAGAGCUGGUCAACUAUGCUGCGGCACGCUUCAAAUCCUUUGAUCAUUUUAAACAAUACCCAACCAUGAAAUACCACAUGGUAAACAGUAUGAACUGGGUAGAGCCUUGUGCGAGGGCGCGGAGCGCGAGUGCCUUAUAAGCUGCACGAGAGCGCGGACGCAUGUCCAUUACAGCAUGGGACAUCAAGGAGGCUGCCUUCACCUCCGAUAUCAAGGAGGUGGAGGAGCUCAUCCUCACAAGCAAAGGCGCCACGGACGUGGGUGCGGUGGCUCAGGCCGCCAACCUGCGCUCGCUGUCGCUCGCCUUCAACGCGCUCACCAGUCUGUCAGGGCUGGGCGGGUUGGGCCGACUCCAGUCCCUCAACGUGUCGCACAACCAGCUGGCAAGCCUCAAGGGUGUGCACCUGCUCACGGGCUUGGCCACCCUCAACGCCAGUCACAACAAGGUGGCGUCGCUGGCUCCGCUGUCGGCGCUGACGCAGCUGACGGACCUGUGGCUGCAGAACAACGCCGUGGCCGCGCCGCCCGAGCUGCGCGUGCUGGCGGGGCUCAGCGCGCUGCAGAGGCUGGCCAUCGGCAACAACCCAGUAGCCAAGGCCCUGCCGCCCGACCACGUGCGGCUGGUGGCGCUGGGGCUGUGUCCGGGGCUAAAGGUCAUUGACGGCCGCCCGGUGGACGAGCAGGACCGCGAGGCCAGCGCGGGUUUGGAUCUGGAUGUGUUGCUGGCGGCCCGGGCGGCGGCGCCAGGCAGCGCGCCCGCCUCCUCUAGCGGCGCCGCCGGGGGCGGGGGUGGGGGCGGGCUGUUGCCGCAGCUGGGCGCCCGGGCAGGUCCCAGCGGCCGCACAAACUCCUUCAAUGGCACGAGCAGCACAAACGGCGACGGCGACGGCAGUGCUGGCGGCAUGGGCCGUGCCGGCGGCGGGCGCUCGGCGGGCGGGGCUCUGCCCAGUCGCGGGGGCAGCCGACUGCCGGCGGCGGCUGUGCGGCGGCGGCCACGCGCCAAUUCCACUGACUCAGCGUUGGUACCGCCAGACGGCGGCGGUGGCGGCAGCAGCGGCGACCUGCCAACUGCGGAGGAGGCGAUAGCGGCGGCGCUGGAGGCGGUAGCUAGUUUCUCAUCCACCACCUCCGCCGGCUCCGCGGGCUCGGGGCCCGGGUCGCGGCGGCGGCCGCCACUGGGAGGCGGCGGAGGCGGCGGAGGCGGCGGCUCCUCGGUGUUGCGGCCGGCAUCCCAGCUGCAGGGCACACAGUUCCAAGCGGUGGUGGACGCACUGCCGCGGUUCGACCCCGUCAAGCUGCCGGGCCGCUACGCUGCCGGCGGCCCGCCGCGGCCGCCCAAGGCUGCCGCCGCCGCCGCGGCGGCGCCGCUGCUCAAGCCGCCGCCCGACGCCGGCACGCUCGAGUACGAGGUCAAGUACCCGCCGCAGCGCGGCGGCGGGCGGGCUGUAGCAGUGCGGCGGGACGGGUCGGCUGUAGCAUGCUGGCCCGGCGGCGACAUGGCGGUGUCAGUGGAUGCAGACUACAGCGCCCCCGUGCCGCUGUACCCAGCCGCCGCCGCUGCUGCUGGCGGUGGCGGCGGAGGUGGCGCGGCGGCAGGCGGGAGGCCUGGGUCCGCGUCGGCAGCAGCACCAGCAGCAGCAACAGCAGGAGGUGGAGGUGGUGGUGAUGCAGGUGGUGGCGGAGGUGCUGGUGGGGAGCUGGGAGAGGCCGGCGCGGCGGCGCUGGGGCCCUCAUACAAGUUGAUGGCGAUGUACCGCGCUGGCGGCGUGGCUGUGUCUUGGGACUCGGCCGGCGGCGGCUUCGUGCAGUACCCCAGCGGCGGCCUCAUGCUGAUAUACAGCCGGAGCACGGGGGCAGGCACAUGCUACAGCCCCGCCGGCGACAUCACCCGCCGCUGGCGGGACGCGGAUGCCACGGGCCCGCUGCCCGCCGGCCCCUGCAUCGCGCUGCCCGCGGCGCUGGGCGGCGGCACGUCGCAGCCCUCGCAGGCGCCGCCGCCGCCGCCGCCCGCCUUCAUUGACAGCCAGUUGGAUCCGCACUUUGGCGUGCGCUUCAUCGCCGCCAGCCAUUCGCUGGAGCUGUACCUGUGCUGCGAGGGCCUCAGGCACAGGCUGCGGUGUGGCUUCAAUGACGGUGCCGCCGGACCGCCCGAGCUCACAUGGGAGCCGCCGCCGGGCCGCGGCAGCGCUGGCUCCGGCUCCGGUACACCUCAGGUCGACUCCGAGCCGCCCACACCCGGUGGUAAGUCCGCCAGCAGUCCAAUCAUCAGCGCGGUAGCCACGGAGGAUCUGGCACUGGCGGCGGCAGUGGCGCUGCGGCCGCCGGCGUUCCUCCGCAAUCUGGCUAAGCAGGGCGGCGCGGGCACACACAAGCCUGUCGGGGGUGGAGGCGGAGGUGGAGGAGGCGGGGGCGGGGGCGGUGCGGGCACGGCGGCGCUUUCAUCGUCGUCGUCUCGUGCGGCGGCGGCUGCGGCUGCUGACGUGGGCAUCUCGAGUAUAACGGCGAGCCUGCAGGCACUGGACGACGGACUACAGGCCUGGCUCGCACGCGACCUCCGCGGCGAGAAGAGCAGCGGCAGCCUACUGCCUCGCACCGCCAGCGGCACGGCACAGUCCGAGUCGGCGGCGUCCUCGCCCAAGCCCGACUGCAGCGGCGGCGCGGCGGCGCCCCACCGGACCGGGGUCGCUGUCGCCGGCAGCGGGGGCAGCGCCAGUGGCAAGGGUCGGCUUAGAGGCGGCAGCGGCGUGAGCGCGGUGCGGGCGCUGGCAGCUGAGGCGGCUGCGGAGGCGGCGGAGGCGGAGGCGGCGGUGGUGGCGGCGGCGGAGGCGGCGAUUGCUGCGUCGUUACAGGACGGACCGUCGGUGCCGCCAGCAGCGGCAGAAGCCGAGGAGACGACGCCAGGCAAGGCUGUUGUCAGUGGCGGCGCCGGCAGCGGCCGCGGCAGCCGGCCGGGCACCAGCAGCAGCAAACAGCCGCCGGCCGCCGUGGUCGCUUCGAGCUCCGGAAACGCAAUGAGCGCCGACGGCGAGGCGGCCGCAGCGCCAGGUUCAGGGAAGGGCGCCAAUGGCGGCGACGCUGAGGCCAGUGGGGGCGGCGGCGGCGGUCUGGACGAGGGUGUGGCUGCGACGCUGGCGGCGGCACGGCAGCUCGCGGCGGCAAGCCUGGCGGCGGCGAUGGCUGCGACGAGCGCCGCCGCGGCCAUAGGUGGCGGGCCGCCGCCAGAGGGCGAGGGGUAGUGGUAGCGAGUGCGGUAGGCUGAGGCUGGUGGGGCCGCGUACGGUAGUGUUUCGUAAGGGGUGCGACACGAAGCACGAUUGCGGGGUGACUGUUGUAGCUGUGGCGCGGGCGGUUGUAUGGAUGGAUGGAGACAUGAAACGACUGCUGCUGGGACUCACAGCUUGCGCUAGCCUUUGGACUGACACUACUUUCGUGCGUUUGAGC